AUGCCAAACUUGGCUGCCGUAAUGAACAAAUAUCAGGGGGCAGAACCGAUCCCGUUGGAUCUCAUUGAAUUAAUUUUAUGUUCAACUCUUCAUGUUCUUAAUGAUUUAGAAGAAAAGGGUCUUGUUCACAGAGCAAUACAUCCAAGAAAUAUUUUUACCGACGGUACAAAGGUGCGGAUUAGUGAUGCUGCAGUUGAAGCCAUCGUUAGCUAUUUAUGGGCAAUUUCUCAAAAGAACAUAGAUGAAAAUUUUAAGUGGCUUCCACCAGAGGCCAAAGACUGCGGCCAUGUUUUGGACAAGAGCGAUGCUUGGUCGUUAGGCUGUCUCAUCACCAAACUAAUGUACUGCGGUUUCAGCAAUGAACCUGAUAUCACCACCGUUAUGAACACCGUUCGAGGAAGUGGAGAAAUAUCCCGUGAAAUGGUGGAAGUACUUAAAAAGGUGUAUCCCGAGACUUUGAUCGAGUUGGUCAAGGGCAUGAUAUUGAAAGAUGUAAAUAAUCGCACUGGUAUAAGAGAGGCGUUUCAGAGUGACUAUGUACAAUCCCUUAUGGACCGAUAUGAUGCCCAUCGGAAGCUGAGACGGCAGCGCCUAGAGAAGCAGCUGUGCGAAUGCAACAUUCCCUACGAACACGGACUGUCCGCGAUGCUUCACUACCUCGUCGAUCAACUGGAACACGAGAACUGUGUGGAAGGUGUGUUAUCCUGGAUCGCUGAAACACAGUGUCGUAAUGAGGCCUCCACAAAUCCUCUCCUACCCCUCCACGUGUGGCGGAUCUUCCUCGUGCACCAAGAGAACCCCGUAAUCGUUCAGCACGGUCUUGCCAUCCUUGCGCACUGCACCAGUGUUGGAGAGAUGCGUCUUCAAGCAGCACGCCCUAUCGCUGCUGACGGUGGUGUGGAAGAUCCAACCUCCGCGGAGUUCUACGACACUCUGAUCGAUAACAGCACUUGCUGGAAUGAGACUAGUUUGGCUCUCGUCUCUAAGCUCGCCAAGCGUCAUAUGGAUAGUGUCCAGGUCCAUGUAAAUGUAUUAGUUCUUCUAGAGGCCAUUCUCUGUCCUCUUCAACUUACCAACCUGGAGUUGGAGUCGCAGUUGGCCUAUUGGUCAAAGUGUGGAGCCAUUAUUCGUAAGAUCUGUGAGAUGGAAUACCCGGAGGUUAUCACCAAGGCUCUAAUGCGUGUCCAUAUGGGUUAUGCGAACAUCUUACGAAUCGCUCUGGCGGUGCUAUGGAAACUUAGCAUUGAUCAUGUGAACGCGAAACGUUUCAUUGCAAUGGACGCCUUCAAACUGGUCUAUGAUGCAAUGUUCUAUUUCCCUAAGCAUCCGGGUAUUAUUAAUCAGGGCGCUCUGUGUCUCGCUGCUCUUGCCUCACAAAGGUCAAUGAGAGAGGAGACGGUCGCGAGUAUUGACGUUCUGCCCCUUCUACUCGACUCAAUCUACGCGUUCUGCUUCUUCAGUGACAUUUGCUAUAACCUCUUCUACACAGCCAGUGCAAUAAUUAACAGAUCAGCUCACGAACUCGGAGUCGUGACCAGGAGGUACGCAGUUGCCUCGCAAAACGACGAAUUUAGACCACCUUCAUGA